AUGUCGGAGGAAGAGAAAACUUCGACUCCCAGUAAGCCCUCCGCUGCGCUUGCGCCCAACAGCCCCCGCGCAGAGUCGCCGACUACAGCCAGGCCCAUGGACUUCGACGAUGAACCCCAGGAGACAGGUGUUGCAUCUGCGACCACCGCCGCGAACCCGCAGACCGCCACCGAGACUCCCCCAGCUGCCCCGCCAAAGCCGCCUCGCCCGCUGAGCCCCAGGGAGCAGUCAGAGAAUACGCUGAGGGAAGCUUUCCCUUCCAUCGAUGCGGGUGUUGUCAAGGCUAUCCUGCACGCAAGCAAUUGGAAUGUCGAGCGCGCCUUCAAUGCUCUUCUCGGUAUGACCGAUCCCACUGCCCAAGAGGACAUGGUGCCUCCCCCGAAGCCUCCCCGUCCUUCCCAGCAGCCUACCUCGACCACGCAGCGACAAAUGGAGUCGGACGAAAUGUACGCGCGCCAGUUGGCGGAACACUACAACGCAGGCCAGGGUCAACGGCGGGCCCCGGCCCCUGGUUGGGAGAACGAUCCCCGGUACCGCCGGCCACGAGGCAGCGAGGACUCAGAGGAGAGAGACGAGAGAGAGUAUAGCUUUUUUGACGAUGAUCUACCGGUGAUCCGCGAGAACCUCCGCAAGGGCUUCCUAGAGACACAAACCAAGGUGAACUCGUGGGUGACGAACUUGAAGAAGAGAAUUGAUGGAGACGAUUUGGACGAAGAUCAGCCGCAAUCUUCUCAAGAAUAUGAGCAGCAGCACUCGUCUUACGGCCGUCCACGACGCAGCGGCGACAUGAGCCGUCGCAGUGGAGACCGUGAGCGCUACGACGCAGACCCCCAGGUCUUCGGUGAUGAUUUCUCUGCGCUGGAACUCAGAGAUUCGGAAGCUCCUCCUGCCCGUCCUCCCCGUCCUAACAUUAAGACCGGAUCGUCGCCCUCUCCUGACAGGCGCAAGGUAUCAUUCCAGGACGGACCCCCGAUCGAGAUCGAUAAUUUAUACGAUGCCUCGUCUACUUCUAAGCGUCCUAUUUCUACAGUAAAUGGCAGCCCCUGGCCAACGUGGAACCCUCCCCCCGUGGCGGAGAAUGAUCCUUUCAGCCUCGGCGACAGCGACGAUGAGAAGGAGAAAGAGAAGGACGCCAAGUCAAAAGAGCAACCUGCCGCUGGCGAGAGUGAGCAGACCAAGAAGGCUACCGUGGAAGCAGUGUCGGACGAGACGGGAUCCAAGGACGACAAGAAGACAGAAGAUUCUUCCAAGUAG